AUGCUUAACGGGGCCAUUCGUUGCUGCACAUGCAGCAGCUACCGUCAUGGGAGGCAUGCGCUGCAGCACGCAAGAAGGCGCCUGCUGCAGCGCAACGUGCAUCAACAGCAACAACAGCAACAGCAACAUCAACAGCAACAACAGCAACAUCUGAACCCUCGAGUUGAGCAGAAAGAACAUCAGUCAUUAUGGUGCCUCUCUAAUCGCUUUCCUACUACCCUUUAUCCUAACUGCUCUGCAGCAUCGACAGCAACUGCAGCACGAGCAGUAGCAGGAGCAACAGCAAUAGCAGCACAUCGUAGUCUUGCUUAUCGCUGCCGUUACCCCAUCGGCAGGCGUUCCUUUUCUUCUUCUGCUGUUGAUGGUCCCCUACCAGCAUCAUCUGCAGCAUCAGAAGGAGAGGCAACUGCUACGUUCCCCUCAUCAUCAUCAACAUCCCAACCAGGAUCAGCAGCAGCAGCAGCAUCAGCAGCAGAAGCAGCAGCAGCAGCAGGUGGAGGACAUGGACGUAUAGCAGCACGACCUGUAUACUUAGACUAUCAGGCAACAACUCCAUUAGAUCCUCGUGUCUUAGAUAAAAUGAUGGCAUUUAAUGUUGAUUGUUUUGGUAAUCCACACUCUUCUUCCCAUCCUGCUGGUUGGGAGGCAAAAAGAGAAGUAGAGAAAGCUAGGGAGGCAGUAGCCCGUGUAUUGGGUUUACCGGCUUCUAGAAGUCGGGAUAUUGUGUUCACCUCGGGGGCAACAGAAAGCAACAACUUAGCCAUUAAGGGUCUUGUGAGGUUUGAAGAGCAGCAGCAUGCUCUCAGACAAAAGCAGCAACAGCAACAGCAGCAGCAGCAGCAGCAGCAGCGUGCGGAUCAGCAGCAACAACCACAGCUGCAGCAGCAGCAAAAGCCGCAGCGGGUGCGGAAGAACCACGUAAUAACAACGCAGAUAGAGCACAAAUGUGUGCUACAAUGUUGCCGUUUGCUGCACAUGGAGUGGUUAUUGUCUGGUGGUUCUCGUGGUGCAGAAGUAACGUUUCUUCCGGUGUCUAGGGAGGGUUUAGUGUCUGCUGCUGAUGUUGCUGCUGCUAUAAAACCUUCAACACUUCUAGUAUCUGUAAUGCAUGUAAAUAAUGAAGUAGGGGUUGUUCAAGAUUUACGUUCUAUUGGAGAAGUUUGCCGAGAAAAAGGAGUUUUUUUUCAUACUGAUGCAUCACAAGGGUUUGGCAAAAUACAUAUAGAUGUAGAAGAUAUGAACAUCGAUCUUCUUUCUCUAUCCGCACAUAAAAUAUACGGGCCCAAGGGUAUAGGAGCACUCUUUGUCCGCAGCAAAAAAAAGAAAGUACGAUUGGCCCCUCUUAUUGAUGGUGGCGGACAAGAAAGGGGACUUCGCAGUGGUACUCUGCCUACCCCGUUGAUUGUGGGGUUAGGGGCGGCAGCUUCGUUGUCGUUGGAGUGUAUGGACAGCGACAGGCGACAUAUUGAACGUCUCUCCAAAUUGCUGCUGCAGCAGCUGCAGCAGCAGCUGCCACACAUCUCGGUCAACGGCAGCCUCAGUAACCGCUAUCCAGGAAAUCUAAACAUCUCCUUUUCUUUUGUUGAGGGAGAGUCCCUUCUCAUGAGCAUUGGAGAUAUCGCCAUGAGUUCAGGCAGCGCAUGCACUAGCGAGUCUUUGGAACCCUCUUAUGUUUUGCGAUCAUUGGGGGUUGGUGAGGAAACAGCUCAUACUUCAAUUCGCAUAGGCAUCGGGCGGUUUACGCGUGAGGAAGAGGUGCGGCACUGCGCGGAGAGGCUGGUGAAGGAAGUGCGGCGGCUGCGGGAGAUGUCGCCGCUGUAUGAAGGCGCCAUUGAAGGAGACGGCGAAAAGGGACCCAAACUUGUAUGGACUUAA